AUGGUUGACCAAAAGAGAGCUGAGCUUGACCGUGCUCACCGUCUUGAGACCUUUAGGCUUUCAAUGAUGGAACGCGAUCUCGGCGCCAUCCAGGCUAAGCUGGAUCCUCUCCAUAGGGAAGCAGAUUCGACUGAACGUGAGCGUCCACAGGAAGCUCAAAGCUUCCUUCGCCAUCUGGAUCACUUACAAGUCUGGCUUACUGCCACACAGCGGCAGGUUGCUUCCGAAGACGAGCCCCAAUCUUUGGCUGAGGCUGAGCAGCUUCUCAACCAACAUGCAGCUAUUCGUGAAGAGAUUGACGGUUAUACUGAGGAUUACAAGAAAAUGCGAGCCAUGGGAGAUGCCACUCAAGAUCAGACUGAUCCACAGUAUGUUAGACUCGCUCAUAUUAAACUUCAUGUAAAGAAAACUAUGAAAAAGGCGCAAGUUCCUCCAACAGUGUUUGGCUGGUCUUCAAGAAGGCUGGGAAGAGCUGCAGCGAAUGUGAGACAACCAUCAGCAACUCAGCCAGGGACUCAACCUACAGAUGUUCCUUCGCGAUACAAAACAAGCAGAGGUCAUGCUAUUUCAACAAGAGAAGUAUCUUACCAAAGACGAACCUCCAAGCACUUAAAACAGGCCGAACAUAUGCUUAAGAGGGAUCAGGACUUCAUGACAAUAUGUAUGCUAUGA